GAUGGUUCGAUCCGCACCCCGGCCGGUCCAAUCAAAUGCGCAUCGAAAGCGCCUCCAAACUAGUAGCGAUGGCAAGAAAAUGCACAUGAAAGGUUCAUGGGGGGCGGUGGCUCAGUUCAUGGUUCGGGUCUUGCACGGCUAUUGGUGGUGACUGAUGGUGACAUGAUUUUGCCUGUUUCGUUCAUAGUAAACAAGGCUUAUGGCUUAUGGAUGAUUCCUGUGAGAAGCCGGCCACAUUCCGAUUUGAGAAACUUGAUAUGCAUCGGAUGUGGACGCGCAUGUCCUUUGAUCAGGCUGUACCCAUAAGUGGUCGCAGGGCAUUAGAAACCCCUCUGCCCAUCUCUGCCCCCUAUUCUCCUUUGGGAUCAUGCGAGCUGUGUUCGUGACAGCGCUGCUGGUGCAGUUGCUGUGUUCCAGAGCUGACACUGCUGAGAGCUGUGUGGAUGAUGUGAAUGCUGCUCUUCAGCAGGAGCCAGAUACCUCCCUCGAGCUGCUGCAAGUGAAGAGCACAAAAGAGGAAGAGCACCGUGCUGAGGGUGCUGCGAGUGUUGCGAGUGCCAAGUCCGAAGAAGAGGAAGAGUGGUACCACUACAACCCUCCUGGCUGGAGGGGUGGCCGAGGCUAUGGAUAUUAUCACCACAAUCCCGUUGGCCCACGGGGUGGUCCGGGCUACGGCACGACCUACUACCACCGCAACCCCUAUGGACCCAGGGGCGGUUGGGGACAUGGAACGACCUACUACCACCAUCACGGAGGCAUUGGCUGGCGUUGAGAUGGUGAGCGGAGUUUUGAUGCAAUCAAAAGUAUUUGCACUCCCAUCAUAGUUUCGAGAUCUCAGGCGGAGCGGUUUGAA